UAAUUACGGUGUAGCUAAUAUAAGUGCAGGUACAGCACGCGCUAUCCGGUAUCCAUCCGUGAGUUUUGUGUAGAGUUCCAGAUUUUCUGAGACUCUGGGUUCUACUCGCAUACACAUAUCUCACCAAACGCAGAUUCUCCCGCGACGCACCACCCUUGAAGAAACAUUCAGCAAAAGCUGCCGAAUACAGAGCUUUAAUGGUUGCGCCCACUUCUGGAACAAUACUGGAAGAUGCUGCAGUACGAGGGGGAGAUAAGCUCAUAUUGAGGGGUUUGAAGUUCCAUGGUUUCCAUGGGGUGAAGCCAGAGGAAAGGAAGUUGGGUCAGAAGUUUGUGAUAGAUGUUGAUGCUUGGAUGGAUCUCCGGGAGGCUGGUAAAUCUGAUCACUUGUCAGAUACCGUUAGUUACACCGAAAUCUAUCGCAUUGUAAAGGAAGUUGUAGAAGGGCCUCCUCAUAAUCUUCUGGAGUCCGUGGCUCAACAAGUUGCGUCUACCACUCUGAAAAAUUAUCCCAUAUCUGCUGUCUCUGUGAAAGUUGUGAAGCCGCAUGUCGCUGUUCAUGGUCCUCUUGACUACCUGGGUGUCGAGAUUUUUAGAUACAGAAGUAUUGAUGCGCCAAAGUAAUAUUUUACCAAGUUACUCGUACAUAGGCAAUCUACGUCCCCUGUGACUUCCUGACACAGGUUUUUAGUGUGGUUUUCUUUCAGUUCGAAAUUUUGGCGCAGAUCCUUGUUCUAUAUCGUGAACCAGUGCUAUCACUAAUUAAUGGCAUUGCAGUUUUAUCU